CAGAAUUAUCUGCUGAAUCUCUGGUGUAUGAGCCUCACAAAUAUUCGUUGAAUAUAGUACCAUGUCUCUCGCAGCAACAUCACAUGCCCAACUGGAUAUCCCCAGCCAGGGUCUUGGUCCCGAGGUUGACAGCAAAUCCAUUGACAGUAUCAACGAUUUGAUCGUCAACCGCGCAACUACCUUCCCUUUCAAGCCUCUUCUUGCUUAUCCUGGAAAGGAUGGUAAAUUUGUCUACUACACUGCAAAGGAGCUGGACGGCUUUGCAGACGAAGCCGCAAAACAUUACGUCGAAUUGGGAUUAGUUCCCAAAAGCGGUCAGAGCGAAUCAGAAAUAGUAGCAAUUAUUGGCGUGUCAAAUCUCGAUUACAUUAUCUCGAUAUUGGCUUUGUCACGUAUCGGGUUUGGCGCUCUAUUCCUAUCGACCCGCCUGUCUGUACAAGCAUACACAGCUCUACUCGAAAAGACAAAAUGCCACCAUAUCGUCGCUGCGCCAAACUAUGUAGUAACAGCUGGCCAAAUAGCUGAAGGUUACGAUAUCUCUCAAUUUGACUUAUUGACGGAAAAUAUAUACAGGAAAGCAGACUCGUCUAGGGCUCGUUUUCAGCGACCUGUCAAAAUUGAAAAUGAAGCGCAGAAAAUUGCCUUCAUUCUACACUCUUCUGGAUCUACCGGCCUUCCAAAGCCUAUUUACCAAACCCACCGCUCUUGUUUGAUGAACUACUCUGUUUCGAGCGGCAUGAGGGCCUUGAUAACAUUACCCCUAUUCCACAACCAUGGUCUGUGCACUCUUUUCCGCGGCAUCACCUAUUCCGUUACAACGGCGCUCUUCGAUGCAAGCCUCCCAAUGACCCAUGACCAUCUGGUAAGCGCCAUGGAACAGUUCGAUCCGGAGAGUUUCCACUGUGUACCAUACUCACUGAAGGUCCUUUCCGAGAGUGAACAUGGUAUUGAUCUGAUGAGACGGUGUAAACUAGUCCUCUUCGGCGGGAGUAGCUGUCCUGAUGAUUUAGGAGACAAAUUGGUCAAUGCCGGAGUCUAUCUUGUAGGCCAUUAUGGAGCGACAGAAGUGGGUCAACUUAUGACAUCCUUUCGGGAUAAGGAGGACAAAGCAUGGAACUACGUGCGACCAUUCCCAAAAGUUGCACCAUAUCUUCGUUUCGAACCUAUUGGUGAAGGAUUAUAUGAGUGUGUAGUCCUUGAUGGCCUGCCAACAAAACUCUGUUCCAAUUCAGAUGACCCUCCAAACUCAUUUCAUACAAGGGAUAUAUUUAUACCUCAUCCUACGAUUCCGCAGGCAUUUAAGUAUAUGUCGCGCCUUGACGAUAGAGUCACACUCGUCAAUGGCGAAAAGGUGUUACCGAUCCCCUUCGAACACCGGCUCCGACAACAUGAACUGGUCGAGGAAGCACUCAUCUUUGGGGUCGACAAGGCGUUUCCGGGACUGCUCAUCUUCCCAAGCGAAAAAGCUAGGGAGGUAAGGAAGGAAGAUCUUCUAAAUACGCUUCGACCUGUAAUUCAAGCUGGAAACGAAGCCGCAGAGAAAUUUGGACAGAUCUCAAUUGACAUGGUGGAGAUUCUCCCAUGCGGCACCCCCUAUCCUCGUACAGAUAAAGGAACAAUUAUCCGCAGAGCCGCGUAUAGAGCCUUCGAAAAAGAAAUCGAAGCAAUAUAUACACGAUUUGAAACACACGACGAUGCUAGAGAUGGAGCCCGAAAGAAUUUGGACCAACCCGAACUUGUCACGUACGUGUUGGAUUUAUUCACUCACGCAAUUGGCGUAAAGGGGUUGACCGAAGAAACGGACUUCUUUGAACGUGGAACGGACAGCCUUCAAGCUGUGACUGCGAGAGCCAAAAUAAUGCGCGAAAUUGAUAUCGGAGACAAUGUAUUGUCCAAUAACGUUUGUUUCGAGUAUCCGUCACCCAGGAAACUUGCAUCGCAUCUCUAUGCUCUCAGGACAGGCGAAGAAUUGCACCACACCGACGAAAUAGCUUUGAUGUCUAAUCUGAUAGAGAAGUACUCGGACUUUGCCCCUUUCGUCCCUGGAAGCCAACGACCGGAUGGAGAAGUUAUUCUCCUUACUGGAGCUACAGGUUCACUUGGAGCACAUAUCCUAUCCCAAGUUGUAUCCUUACCCGGAGUCAAGAGGGUUUACUGCUUAGUUCGAGCAAAGACGCUCAAGGACGCAUAUUCGCGCGUUACGUCGAGCCUCGAGUCUCGCGUUCUUUCCCACGAUGCUGCUAAGGAAAAACUUGUCUGCCUUCCGAGCGAUUUCAGCCAAGAAUCUCUAGGGCUUGACAUUUCCACUCUCGAGACUCUUCGUUCUAGUCUAACCACCGUUAUACAUAGCGCAUGGAUGGUAAACUUCAACGUGGGUCUCAGCAGCUUCGAACGCCCACAUAUUGCCGGCGUACACAACAUCAUCAAACUAUGCUUAAGCGUUCCAUUCACGGAACCAGCUAAGUUCUUCUUCGUAUCCUCGAUCUCAGCCGCCGCAGGUACCCCUAUUCCGGCUGUAAUCCGCGAAGCCCACAUCGAUGAUCUGCACUGUGCUCAGAACAUGGGAUACGCUAGAUCUAAACUAGUGACAGAGCACAUCAUUCGAGCAGCAGCAAAGAGAACGGGCAUACAGGCAAGAGUGCUACGGACCGGCCAACUUAUGGGCGAUUCGCGUAAGGCGCUCUGGAAUCCAACCGAGGCGAUUCCCUUGAUGAUCCAAAGUGCAACUACUAUAGGGGCACUCCCAAUGCUUGAUGAGACUCCUUCAUGGCUUCCAGUAGACAAAUGCGCCGCGGCAAUCCUCGAGCUAUCCGGGCUCAGCCCCAGCACAAAGAGCAGUCUAUCAGAAAACAGCGAAGAAGUCUACCACGUAUUGAACCCAUCUCUCUUCUCUUGGAGCAAUGACUUGUUGCCCGCAUUGCGAACGGCUGGUCUAAAAUUCGAGACCGUCUCUCAGCGGGAGUGGGUACGACGGCUGCGCGAGAGCGAGCAAGAUCCCCAGAAGAACCCCCCUAUCAAAUUGCUCCACUUCUUCGAAGAGAAGUACGACAACGACUCGGCUGGACGAAGCGGUCUUGUCUUUGAAACUCGGACGACGGCGAAAUAUUCCGAGACCAUCGGCCAGGGUUUUGACAUCAUCGGAAGCGGGAUCCUGCAGAAAUGUCUGGAUAAUUGGCGGCUCACCUGGGCCAAAUAGCAGCUGUGAGAAAAAGGAGCGUUGAUUAGUAUGGCCCAAUGGAACUUCCAGCCUUCAUACCUUCCUAAAUUGUAACGAUUUAUGUAUGCGAGUUUCCACGAUAGAGAAUUAUUAUUAUAAGAAAAUUGCUUGAAGAUGUGAGGAGUACCUCUGAAGUUCUUUUAGCGGUUUGAAUACAAGUUAA